AUGAAUAUUUUAGAUGAAGCAGAUGUUCAUCAACUCAUAAAUGUAAUUUCUGAAACGAAGGAGAUUGUGCAUUUGUAUUUAGAGGUGUUUCAGGGAUUGAUCGAACAGAGAGAAGCAGCUGAGAAAGUUGUACCAUACAAUGUUGAAAACAUUGUAUCUGAUAAUGUUGAAGAUUGUCCAGAAGAAGAAACUGUGGCACUGAAUACGGUUGAAGAAAAAAAUUUAUAUGAGUUUGGAAGACUGACGGACAAAACUUUCUCAGACGGUGAAGAGUCAAAUGAAGGAUGGUCAGAAGAUGAGUUCACACACGGGAAAAAAGCUUCAGACAUAUUUUACGGUAUGCCUCCCAUACCUGAUUGUCCUGAUCCUAUUGUUGAACCCGGACCAUUUCACAGUUUAGGUCCAAAUGAUGAUAUGUUUGUUCGUCAAACAUAUGAUAACAAACAACAAAUAAUUUUUGCUUUGAGUCUUAAAACAACAAGAGAAAAGUUUCAGUUUAAGACCAAACAUUCUAACAAAAAUCGUUAUGGGGUAUAUUGUGAAAUUGAGAACUGUAGUUGGCGUUCGUAUGCAAAAUGCCUUGAUCCCACUGAUGAAUUUGAAAUCAGGACUUUCAACAACGUGCACACAUGUUCGUCAUUACAGAUACACCCUAAUCAUAAGCAUGCUAAUAAAAAAGUCAUGGGUACUAUAUUGCAUGAGAUUAUGGGAAAAACUCGUUCCAAGGUUUGGAGGCCUAAUGAAAUAUCAAGGGAUUUGAAUGUUUUGCUGGAAAUCAACGUAGAUUACAAGCAAGCUUGGCGUGCAAAACAAUAUGCUAUGGAACUGUUGUUGGGAUCCUCUGAAGAAUGUUUUUUCAAACUUCCUAUUUAUUUUCACAAUUUGAAGAGGCAUAAUCUUGGUACAGUUGCGUAUAUUCAAACAGAUUCUGAAGAUUGUUUCGAGUGUUGUUUUUAUGCCAUUGGGAGCACGGGUGAUUUUAAGGGAACCAUAUUGCAUGUUGUAGCUAUGGAUGGGAACAACCAGAUACUGCCCCUUGCGCACGGAAUAUGCAAAAAAAAGAGUGGUCUUACGUGGACAUGGUUUCUUGAAAAGUUGUAUGAAUGUGUUGGUGAUUGUCAAGAAUUGACUUUUGUAACUGAUAGGGCCGAUGCAAUUCGCGUUAGUAUUGAAAAUGUUUUUCCACAUGCUCAUCAUGGCUUAUUUAGUUCUACUAGGUCGCAAGUAGCAGCGUAUCUAAGUGAAAUUUCCCGUGCUAAAUGGACUAGAGCAUAUUCGCCGUCGAAACGUUACGAUUACAUGACCUCGAACAGUGCAGAGUCCAUGAAUGCUUUAUCUGUAGAUGCAAGGAAGAUGCCUAUAAUACCCCUUCUUGAGUUCUUCCGACGUCUUUCACAGGAAUGGUGUAACAAGCGUCGCAUCGAAGGAGGGAAACGUUCAACAGUGCUAACCGAGUGGGCUGAAAAAGUAGUUAGUAAAAAUGAAGAGCGUACGACAGGAUGGUCCGUUUCUGGUGUUUCAGAUGCACUUUAUGAAGUUCAUGAUUUCAAACAUGGUGGCAUAGUUGAUCUGAGGAAAGAGACUUGUACAUGCAAAUAUUGGGAAGGAACUGGGUUGCCUUGUGGUCAUGUGAUAAUGAUCUUGAAGCACUUGAAAAAAACUAACUUCGGACAUCUGGCUAUAGAUGCUUACAAAAUGGAAACAUACCGAAGUACGUAUGAGGAGCCGGUUUACCCCCUUCCAGAACCGUGUGAUUGGGAGAUUCCUGUUGACAUGAUGGUUGUGAAACCCCCAAUAAUGGAUACACGUCAAGCUGGUAGACCGAGAAACAGAAAUCGUAUUUCGUCACAAGGUGAGGAACCUAUAGUAAGAAGGUGUAGUAGAUGUGAUAGUACAACACAUAAUGCAGCGACUUGUCCGGCAUUGGUCCCAAAGAAACAAAAAAAGGCUAGAAAACUAGUGCGGCAUCAGGUAGUAACACAAAAGGAAAAGGGAAAGGGACAGAAAGGACUCAGGAGACGCUAG